GGAGGCAUGAACAGACGUAUUCAGGAGUAUCUGGUGGAGCGAAAAAGAUGCAGUGCCAGACUAGUUGGCAAAGAUGGUCACUGCAACAUUGAAUAUGGAAACAUCAAAUACAGCAACCACUUAUCCUUCCUGGCUGACUUCUGGACCACCUUUGUGGAGAUCCGGUGGCGUUUUGUCCUUUUCCUCUUCAUUGCCUCCUUCACCCUCAGCUGGUUCAUUUUUGGCCUGCUGUGGUACUGGAUUGCACGCAGCAACGGUGACCUGACGUGGCAAAACCCCCCAUCAGACCACCUUCCAUGUGUUGAUAAUGUUGGAGGACUCACCACAGCUUUCCUUUUCUCCCUUGAAACCCAGACAACUGUUGGGUAUGGUGGCCGAGCGCCCACUCCUUACUGCCCAGGUGCUGUGGCCCUUGUUAUCAUCCAGUCCCUCCUUGGAGCUGUUAUCAACUGCUUCUUGUGUGGGGUCAUCCUGUCCAAAAUCUCUUCACCCAAAAAGAGGGCAAAGACCAUCUCAUUCAGUGACAUUGCUGUCAUCAGCCCCAAAAAUGGUUCCCUUGCCCUGUCGAUCAGAGUGGCCAAUCUGCGCAAGACCCUAAUGAUUGGAAGCCAGAUCUAUGGCAAGCUGCUGAGGACAACAAACACACCAGACGGGGAGACAAUCAUUAUGGACCAGGUGAACAUUGACUUCAUGGUGGACGCCGGGAAGGACAACCUCUUCUUCAUUUGUCCUCUCACGCUCUACCACAUCAUCGACAAGAGCAGCCCCUUCUUUGAGAUGGCGGUGGACACGCUCUACAAACACGAGUUUGAGCUGAUCGUCUUCCUAGACGGCACCGCAGAGUCCACCAGCUCUUCCUGCCAAGUCCGGACCUCCUUCAUUCCUCAGGAGAUCAUGUGGGGCUACAACUUCUUGCCAAUCAUCUCAAGAAGCAAGGAGGGCAAGUACAGAGUAGAUUUCUCAAACUUCUCCAAGGUGGUGCCAGUGGCCACUGCACACUGUGCCUACUGCUUCCACAACAUCAAGGGUCAUCAUCACCACUCCAGAGAUGGACAUGACAACCAGGGCUUCGAGGUGAUUGAUAUCGGUGAUCAUCCAAAUGUCACCAAGAUGUGA